CCCGCGCCAGGUGCAGGCUGCGGAGACUCCCUUCCCCGGGGGAGGGGGCUCCGCCGCCCGAGGUGACCCCUCCGCCUCCACCUCGGUGAGAGGGGGGCUGGGAGGGCGCCUGGAUCCCGAGACCCGCGCGGGUGGCCAGCUGGCAGGAGGGGACGGGGUCAAAGGUGGAAGGCUACGGGCUGGCAGGGAGAGGAGGCCUGGACCUGGGUUCGGAAAGAGGAAGGACAUCAUCUCUGCGGGACCGUGAGCAGAAUGGACACCCGGCCCGGGCGGGUGGUUGCAGCCGCAGGGAGGGCUGCUGAGAGCGGGCAGCUCAAUUUCUGGAUCCCAGGCGGGACCGAGUCAGGUCGAGCGCAGGGCUCCUGGCCAGAAGCUGGAGGGGACUUGGUCAACAAGACCAAGAAACGACUCAGCUGAGCUUUGUAGCUCUGAGACAGAAAAUGUCUGCGGAUGGCGGAGGCAUCCGUGCUACCCAGGACAAGGAGAGAGCCCAAGAGACUCCAGGUCACGGGCAUUCUUGUCAAGAAAUGCUUUCCGAGUCGGAGGGGACAGUGCCGUUGGGAGCCGCUCAGAAGUCACCCCACAUCAAGAUGGAACCAGAAGAGCCGCACCCUGAGGGGGCAUCACAGGAGGCCAGAGCUCAAGGAGCACGGGGCUGGGUGCCCCUAAGCCAGGGCUCUAAGGAGAAAGUGCAUUUCCUGCCUGGUGGAGCCCUCCCCUCCCCCCAGAUCCCUGUGCUCUCUCACGAGGGGAGGACCAGAGACCGGCGGAUGGCCGCGGCGCUCCUCACUGCCUGGUCCCAGAUGCCAGUGACCUUUGAGGACGUGGCUGUGUACCUCUCCCGGGAGGAGUGGGGGCGGCUGGACCACACACAGCAGAGCUUCUACAGGGAUGUCCUGCAGAAGAGGAACGGGCUGUCCUUGGGGUUUCCCUUCAGCAGGCCUUUCUGGGCCUCUCAAGUGCAGGGCAAGGGCGAGGCCUCGGGAUCCUGCCAGCAGAUGGGAGAUGAGGAGGAGGAGAAGAGAGGAGCCGUGGAGGUGGGCAAGGAGGAGCUAGCCCCGUCCCUGGGAGCCCUUGGGGAUAUGAAGUCCUUCAAAAGCAGGGUGGGGAGAGCCCAGGGGGACGCCCCACGGUGUGGGCAGCGAGCAGUCGGCGGCCAGAGCUCAGGGCCAGCCAAGGACGAUGUGCAGCUGGGUCCCGCGGAGGAGGCACAGUCGGAACCAGCCCCACCUGACAUCAGCAUCCCGAAAGCCCAGGAGGGCCGCUUCCCAGAGCAACCCAGAGAGGGGGAGACGACCGCCCCUGAGAGCAGCGAGGAGGGCCUGGCCCCUGACGGCGACGUCGGCAAGAAGACCUACAAGUGCGAGCAGUGCGGCAAGGCCUUCAGCUGGCACUCGCACUUGGUGACGCACCGGCGCACGCACACGGGCGAGAAGCCCUACGCCUGCACGGACUGCGGCAAGCGCUUUGGCCGCAGCUCGCACCUCAUCCAGCACCAGAUCAUCCACACUGGCGAGAAGCCCUACACCUGCCCGUCGUGCUGGAAGAGCUUUAGCCACCACUCGACGCUGAUCCAGCACCAGCGCAUCCACACGGGUGAGAAGCCCUACGUGUGCGACCGCUGCGCCAAGCGCUUCACCCGCCGCUCGGACUUGGUCACCCACCAGGGCACCCACACGGGCGCCAAGCCGCACAAAUGCCCCAUCUGCGGCAAGUGCUUCACGCAGAGCUCAGCCCUGGUCACCCACCAGCGCACCCACACCGGGGUCAAGCCCUACCCGUGCCCCGAGUGCGGCAAGUGCUUCAGCCAGCGCUCCAACCUCAUCGCCCACAACCGCACGCACACCGGCGAGAAGCCCUACCACUGCCUCGACUGCGGCAAGAGCUUCAGCCACAGCUCCCACCUCACCGCCCACCAGCGCACCCACCGCGGCGUCCGGCCCUACUCCUGCCCCCUGUGCGGCAAGAGCUUCAGCCGGCGCUCCAACCUGCACCGGCACGAGAAGAUCCACACGGCGGGGCCCAAGGCCCUGGCCAUGCUGAUGCUGGGGGCAGCCGGGGCUCUGGCGGCGCCCCCUCCGGCCCCCACCUAGGAGGCUGAGAGAUAGGGGCCGGCCCGGAGACAGGGAAGGAAGGGGAUUGGAGCGGGGGCAGCUGCUGCGGGGGUGUGACCUGGGAGGCCCAGGAAGGGAGUUGGGGAGGUGCUGGCAUGGGGGUGGGGCGCGGCAACACAGGAGGAGCUCGG